AAAAAUUCCAUUAAAAUUUUCUCCUUUAAAUCAGGAAAAUAAAAUCGGCGCCUUGGUCUGCUUGCCACCAAUUGUCCAAUGCGUCGAGGAGAAUGGGAAAUUCAAAUUCUACCCGAUUUUCUUCAUUUUGAGCAUCUUUUUCCUGCUGCUAACCCUUGCGGCGCUCUUCCUAACCUCCGACCUGAGCACGCUGCACCUGCAUUCCGUGGUCUGCCAGUCGGGCAGCCUGCUCAUGGCAUACGUCGGCCUCACGCUCAACUACCUCGUCCACGACCACGGCCAACUUAAACUAUGCCAAAUCACUGGGUACAUGACCUACUUCUUCUCAAUGGCCUCUUUUUUCUGGCUCAAUGUCAUGUGCGUCGACAUCUACAUCACUUUUAGCGGAUUUCUCAGACGAACGAGUGAACGGACUUGCCAAAAACUGUGUUUGUUCGCGUGGAGCGUGCCGCUUUUUUUGACCACAACAACCGCCAUCCUCGAUUGCGUCGCCGAAGACCAAUGGUUCAGCCCGGGCAUUGGACAAUACUCCUGUUGGUUCGCGAACAAGAAGAGCGAAUUUUUAUUGUUUCACGGGCCUGUGUUGUUUCUGCUGCUGAUCAACUGCCACCUGUUCUGCGUGACUGCCCUGAAACUGCGCCGCGAAAGGAGGGACGCGGUCCGCGCGCUGCACGACGAGGACACGCGGGUCUUCGGACGCUUCGGACAGCGGCUCAGGCUGUACGCCAAACUGUUCCUGCUGAUGGGCUGCACCUGGUUCCUGGAGAUCAUUUCGUGGGCCGUGGGCGGGCCGCCCGAAGUCUGGUACCUGCCCGACGCCAUUAACGGCCUGCGCGGCGUCUUCAUUUUCUGGUUCUGCGUCUGGUCAAACGCAAAUACUCGCGUUUUGCUGAGGGACCGGUUUGACUCCAUCUUGGAUAAAGUUAAAAAUCGGUUCCUGAUGUAAAAAUUCGAAAAAUAAUAUUUGCAUUCGCCUUGUGCGG